UAACACUUAUAAUGCGGCGCGUCGCCAAGUAGGUUAGAGCUGUUGAGAUCAGACGGAUUCUUUUCACAAUUUACGUGCGCUGUGUUAUAAUAGACGAUAAGUUGAUAAAUUUUUGUUUUGUUCUUGAAUGCUUAUACUAAUUAUAAAGAAAACCUGCCGAAAUCUCGGACAGUGUCCUUGUGAAGAGAAAAUAAAGGGGAGAUAUUACAAAUUAUGACAAGCGUGGAUACUAGGAAAAUCCCGGAGUUGAAUAUCCCUAUACCAGUUUUCGACGAUGCGGAUGCUAAACCCAUCCUUUUUCCUAGAUAUAGGAAAAAGCGGGCCGUUGAGGAGGCCCGGGGGUCAGAUGACCGGACCCUCUUAGCGAGCUGGCGCGGUCACGGGGGUCGACAACCUACCUACAGUAGCGUGGAGUUUGAUAGACAACUGGACAAAAUUUCUCUCUGGAUAGAAAGUUGGGACCAUACACAGAGAUGCCACCUGUUGGAGUGGAUUUUGCGGCGGAGCAACCACACCCAGUUCCAGUUCCUGUACACCGUAAUGCAGCCUUAUCUCCACCGUGACUUCAUGUACACCGCUCAAAGCAUGUACCCCUCCAUGGAGUUCAAACCCUUCAGCACAUACACCAGCAGAGAGGUCCAGCAAAAAUUGAUACUUCACCGACAAGACAACUUUUAUCGUGUAAAGUCCGGUUACUUCCGCUCAGAUGAUGAUGUCAAAAAACAAGCGAAAGAGACAUCUACAGUGAGAUUUCCAGAAAUUCCCAUCGAGAAAGAUACGAAACUACAGAAAGUUUACACUGAAUACAGUAAAACGAAACAUGAUGUAGUAAGAUCUAGCUCACUCCUAGGGUCAAGGUCAAAGACUCCCCUCCCCAACAUAAAACAACCAGGGAGACCAGAAAGGACUGGCAAAAAAGCAAAUCAGCAUCCCCUACUCACCCACCACCCAGAGAAACUCCAUUCUAGUCACGCAGUGCUCAGGUUCCUAGAAAUGCCUGUCAAACGCCACAUUCAGAAUGAGAGCAACCCCCAGAGCCUCAGUAAUUCCACGCAGAGCCUCACUUUCAUCGACAAAUCAGAAGUGCCGACUGUCAAGCAGGUCUCACUCAGUAUUCUUCCUGAAAAAUGUGCCAAAAAUUUACAUGCUGGGGACGAGAGACCAUCCGACUUGGAUGACAAUGCCCGGACUGUUAUUAACUGGUACAUGAAUGACUGGUCAGAUGUGAAAAGAAACGAAUUUCUGCACAAGGUUAUCCUGAAAUUGGACGCCAGACAGCAGUAUUUCAUAUCUAGUUUUCUAUCAGUGCGACAACAUCGUGAUUUUUUGGCCCUGUUACCAGAGAAAGUGGCCCUAAAGAUUCUCAAAUACCUCACUCCAUUUGAAAUACUCAUAUGCUCAAGUGUCAGUAAAAUUUGGUAUGCUCUUGCCAAUAAGAAUGAAGUAUGGAAGGACAAGUGUGGGGAUAUUGAGAUUAAGGUUCCGGUUCCCACCAGUCCAAACUGGAAAACGGUGUACCGGGAUAACGUCUACUUAGCAAAGAACUGGGAGAGUGGGGCGUGCCGUGUCCUUGACCUUAAGGGUCACAGUGAUCAGGUGGAGGAGAUCAUUUUUGAUGGUAGAAUCUUGGCCAGUGGGGCCCAGGAUAAGUUGAUCAAGCUGUGGGACAUGAAGACUGGCAAACUCAUUCAGACCCUUAAAGGACACGAUAGAGGUGUGUGGUGUCUCAACUUCUUCACCAAGGCCCUGCUGGUCAGUGGCUCAUAUGAUGGAACCAUCAAGGUGUGGAAUAUGAAGACAGGGUCCUGCUGUAGAACCCUGAUUGCCCACGAAGGUCCAGUUUGGGCCAUGGUCCGACACGAGAAUGUGCUGGUGUCCACUUCCCAGGACAGAACGGCCAAAGUCUGGGAUAUAUCCCGAUGUCUUCUGCUGACCACUCUGAUUGGACACAAUGCAGCCAUCUUUGCUGUUGACAUGUCGGAGGACGGUUCUCUAGUCAUCACAGGAUCAGCUGAUAGGACGGUUCGGAUCUGGGACAGAGAGACGGGCGUGAAGAGACAGACAAUAUGGGCUAGCCCCUCCACCUCCAUCAUGGCCGUCAGUUACAGUAAAGGACUAAUUGCCUGUAGUUACGGGGAGACAAUCUGUCUCUAUAACACAGAUAGGUGUAAGCUCAUCAGGACAUUUGAAGGGCAUAUGAAGAGGAUAGAAACAGUGAGAUUAAAAGUCACCGACAAGGAGAAAAUGUUAGGAACAAUUGUCAGUUCCGGCAAAGAUGGUUUAGUCAAGUAUUGGGAUCUCCAAAGGAAAGAGAGUAUUCAAACCAAAGGACAGAGAGGCAAUGUCAAAUGCAUCUACUUUGAUGACCUUAGGAUUGCCAGUGGAAAUGGAAACAGGAUCCGAAUUUUUGAUUUUAAUUUCUUUGACAAAUCUCUCAUUCCAAAAGAGGAAGUUCCUCAAGAAGGAAGAAAGAUGUCAAGUGUCGCAGCGGGAAUAAUUGUUCAGGACUUAAAUGCUGUAAAUCCAGAAUUAAAUGCUGUAACUUCACAAGUCAGAGAUGGGGCUAUCUCAGGGAAAGUAUCCCCUCAUCCAGGAGAGGUGUACUCUAACAAGGCCUCCCGUCAGAGCAGGAGAAGUGAAAAAGAGGAUACAAAAGAAACAAUUACGACUCCCCCGGCAAUAAAAGACGAAAAUAAAAUGUCUAUCUCUUUAAACAUUUGAGAGAGACAAAAGACUAGAAAUAGAUACCUGUCUAUUUCUCUUACAACACCGUGACAAAAGCCUACAAAUCAAAUCCAUAAAUCAUACUAAACAAAUUUAAGGCUAAUGGAAUAAAUAAUCCUUUGACUCUCAGACACACUUUUCUAAAUUUAAUGCCACAGGCAGUAUUUUGUUGUUUUUAUUAAUUUCUGGUUAUUUUUAUUGUGAAUGCCAAGGUGCCCAACCGUUACUGCUGUGAAGUUGGAGUGCCUAAUUUGCCACCAUGUCCGGGUACCAACAGAUUUAUUUAUUUUCUUAGCCUUAAUGUUUCAUAUUUUUUGUGUAUGUCACUAAAUUGACAUCAUUGUUUGAAAAUUGUGUUCAUUUUGUUUUAUUUACACACUAAAUGGUGGCUUGUGGAACUUCAGUUGUUGACACUGCCAUGGGAACCCAAUGUGCACCUUGUUUUAAAAUUAGUGCUGUGUUCAUAUUUAUAUACAUAUCUUAUUAUAGACAUCAAAGCUGACUGUGAUAUUGUUUUAAACAACAGGUACAUGUGAUUUAUUGGUAGCUUCAUAAUUCAAAGUUGCUGCUAUAUUGUUUCUUCCAUUGAGAGAUUUCUGCAGGAGACUGGAUCGAUAUACCCCGUGUAAAUGUGUUUUUGGCUAGUCUUGUUGGAGUUCAUUUAGUUUCUCAAGGACCUUAUUAUGAUUACUGUCUUUACUGUGAUGAAAUAAAUUAAGAAUUGUU